GCUGCCUUCGAUACUGUGAACCAUCAGAUCCUCCUCUCCACCCUCUCCGAGUUGGGCAUCUCCGGCGCGGCCCACGCUUGGAUUGCGUCCUACCUGACAGGUCGCUCCUACCAGGUAGCGAAUCGCAUCUCUGCAUGUCUGGCAGACAUAUCAGUGUGGAUGACGGAUCACCACCUCAAGCUGAACCUCGGCAAGACGGAGCUGCUCUUCCUCCCGGGGAAGGACUGCCCGUUCCAUGAUCUCGCCAUCACGGUUGACAACUCCAUUGUGUCCUCCUCCCAGAGCGCUAAGAACCUUGGUGUGAUCCUGGACAACACCCUGUCGUUCUCAACCAACAUCAAGGCGGUGGCCCGUUCCUGCAGGUUCAUGCUCUACAACAUCCGCAGAGUACGACCCUGCCUCACACAGGAAGCGAGGCAGGUCCUAAUCCAGGCACUUGUCAUCUCCCGUCUGGAUUACUGCAACUCGCUGUUGGCUGGGCUCCCUGCCUGUGCCAUUAAACCCCUUCAACUCAUCCAGAACGCCGCAGCCCGUCUGGUGUUCAACCUUCCCAAGUUCUCUCACGUCACCCCGCUCCUCCGUUCUCUCCACUGGCUUCCAGUUGAAGCUCGCAUCCGCUACAAGACCAUGGUGCUUGCCUACGGAGCUGUGAGGGGAACGGCACCUCAGUACCUCCAGGCUCUGAUCAGGCCCUACACCCAAACAAGGGCACUGCGUUCAUCCACCUCUGGCCUGCUCGCCUCCCUACCACUGAGGAAGUACAGCUCCCGCUCAGCCCAGUCAAAACUGUUCGCUGCUCUGGCCCCCCAAUGGUGGCACAAACUCCCUCACGACGCCAGGACAGCGGAGUCAAUCACCACCUUCCGGAGACACCUGAAACCCCACCUCUUUAAGGAAUACCUAGGAUAG